UCUGGGAGUGGAAGAGGAGAUAGGCAGCAAGUGAGGAAGAGCUCUCAGUCGGAGAAGGAACUCGUCCAAGGAAGCUUCGAUUCUGAGGUCCGCUGCACCUGCCGGAACCAACAGCAUCCUCCAUGUUCGCCGGCUUAGUGAUGGAUCACGCUCUCCAGACUCGGUCUGUCUGGUCCAGUGACACUAAAUUCCUGCAGCAUCCAACGGAUCUGAACACCAGUGUGGUGGUGACGCGAUGCAUCCCUGCAGGAACGUGCUUUGGUCCGUGCGUCCUUCAAAACACUUUCUACGAAACCAUCGCCUUUAUUGCCCAGAAAUGCAGCGACAAGACCGCGAAGUCCUACAUGUUCAGGGUUGACCCAGAGGCCAUGCACAAUUCAGCUCUUGUGCUCUCCUGGCUGCGGUUGGUGCAGGCUGCGCGUAACGCAGAGGAGCAGAACGCCGAGGCAUUUCUGAAAGCGGGUCAGGUGUAUGUACGCACUACGCGGGACAUUCAGUCUGAGGAGGAGAUGCUGGUGUGGUACGACCAGGAGCUGUCUGACCUGCUGGGGUUCACAGACAUGAUCAAAGGGCUGGACGGAGAAUACAAAUGCGGGAGAUGCAACCAGAUCUUCAAAAAUCAGAAUCCAUUCGUGGCUCAUUGCAGAUUUCUGUGCACCCAAUCGAAGAGUGACACCUGGUACCGUGAGGUCCAUGAGCUCAAGCACGUGGAAACCAAGAGGCAUCACCGAGUGACCGAUUUCCACAACAUCGCCAGAGAUUUAGAGAGAAAAAUAUCUGGAGGAAGCGACGAGGCGGAGACUCCCUCCAGAAAAAGAAAGGGCGAAGAUGCUCCGGUCCCCAAGUGGCGAAAAACGGUUCUGUUAGAGAAAACAAAUAUUUCAAACGAUGAAAAUGUCACCCAAAUGGGUAAGAGCUGCGACCAGGCUGCGGAUGACUCCUCCUCCUCUCCUGACAAACUCAAAGCUGACAGGGUUAAAGCAGUUCGUGCGCCACGAGGAAGCGCUGAUUCAGCUGAAGUUGGGGAAGUCAGUGCUGCUUUUACGCACCAUAAAGUGCUUGACACACGUUUGGGGACAGGGGAAGGAUCUGGUGUGCUUUCGAGCGGCAACAGCGCGUUUUCUCUGGUUCUGUCGAGCAGCCAGGGCGAGCAGAAAAGCGCGUUUUGUAAACCUUAUAAAAGGACAUCUGCUGUGAACCAGCAGAUCCAACUGAGCAGCGCUCCAACAGCCCCCCCUAGCCGUGUGGAUGAGAUCACUGAUGCUUUCACCAACAGGACUAUUCUGGGAUACAACAAUCUGAUGGCAUCCAGCAUCGUGGGCGGUGACAUGCAGACUUUAGCCUCCCCGAUUCCAUUAGGCAACGCUUUCCAUUACGCGCCGGAGCACUGGUCCAGAAGUCUCCACACCACAUCCGCCCUCACGGUCCUCCCGCCCACGUUCACCUCCUCGUUCGGUGUGUCGGUGCAGAACUGGUGCGCCAAAUGUAACUUGUCCUUCCGCAUGACCUCCGAUCUGGUGUUUCACAUGCGAUCUCACCACAAAAAGGAGUUCGCGGCGGAGUCUCAGGUGAGACGUAGGAAGGAGGAGAAACUCACCUGCCCGAUUUGCCACGAAUACUUCAGAGAGAGACACCACCUGUCGAGACACAUGACUUCUCAUAACUAAAAAAAAAAAGAAAGAAAAAAAAGAUUAAUUUAAACUUGAAGACUUUGAUGUGUAUAAUGAAUGUAUGUAUUUAAAGACGUGUCCGUUACAGUUUGUCCACCAGAUGGCAGCAGAGGGGCGCGUCUGUCUUGGUGCCCUGUACGUUAAGCAGUUUAACAGAUUAUUUUGUGCCUUAUGUGACUCAGGAGGUUGAAAAGAUCUCCGGAAAAGCUGACGAUUGUUGAAAAUGUCUCUGUGCAGUUUCUCCUUAUAUUUAUCAGCUGUUAUUUCUUGGAGUUGUACAUGAGGUGUGGCUUGAGUUUGCUUUUAGAAAUCAAAUGUUAUCAAAAAGUUUUUGUCACAAAAGAGCAUUAGUAAUUCUAUAGUUGAACGAGCAGCCAGUGAAUCAAACCUUUAUGCAAUUCUUUCUGUUUGUUGAAACCUUUUGUAACAAGUACCAACUCACUGAAGGUUUGCAUAUUAUCCACAAGAACAAAUAAAGGUCAAAGUGGAAAGAACAAGAAGAAAGUUUGGCCAGGAGAUUUCAUACUUCAUAAGAACUCAAGUGCAGAACUCCUGAGAAGUCUUUAGCAUACAUCAUUUCCACUUCAAUUUUCGGACCAGUCACACAAUAGUUGGUAGAGAGGAUACAAAAAAAUGAAAGAAAAACAAUGGUUCUCAGAAAAAUAGAACACAUGAGAUCAACUGGGGUAGAAGCGAUUUUUAAAUGUUUUUUUAUGAACCACAAAAUGUAUUGCGAGUAGUCCAGCUUUCUGUCAUUGGAACUCUCAACAAUGAAUCUGAACUGCAAAAAGUAAUUGCUGAGGGAGUUGGGAGAUCACAAAUUUCCAUAUAAAAGAGAUUUUAAUGAAAAAAUGUUGGAAGGAGAGAGUUUGGUAAAUAAGAAGCGCUGAUUUCAUUUUCAUUCAGGAUUUGUCAAUGGCCCAGGCAGUAAAUGAAAUGGUUACUACUGAUUGAUUCAGAAAGCUGAAAUAAAUUAAAUCCAUUAGAUAAUA